UCAGCUGCUCGUCCAGAUAAGAGCUGAGGCAUAAAGCUGGCAGAGGGUCUUGGGGCAGGCACAGAAGGACCAUGCGGUUCAUCCUGCCUGUGGGUCUGAUUGCUACUACCCUUGCAAUUGCUCCUGUCCGCUUCGACAGGGAGAAAGUGCUCCGCGUGAAGCUCCAGGAUGAAAAACAAGCAAACAUCAUAAAGGACUUGGCCCAAACCAACCAGCUUGACUUCUGGUAUCCAGAUGCCGCUCACCACGUAGCUGCUAAUAUGACAAUAGAUUUCCGAGUUAGUGAAAAGGAAUCCCAGUCCAUCCAGUCUUCUUUGGAUCAAAAUAAAAUGCACUAUGAAAUCUUGAUCCAUGAUCUACAAGAAGAGAUUGAAAAACAGUUUGAUGUUAAAGAAGAUAUCCCAGGCAGGCACAGCUAUGCAAAAUACAAUAACUGGGACAAGAUUGUUGCUUGGACUGAAAAAAUGGUGCAUAGGCAUCCUGAAAUGGUCUCUCGUAUUAAAAUUGGAACCACUGUUGAAGAUAAUCCACUAUAUGUUCUCAAGAUUGGGAAAAGGGAUGAAAGGAGAAAGGCUAUUUUUAUGGAUUGUGGCAUUCAUGCACGAGAAUGGAUCUCCCCAGCAUUCUGCCAGUGGUUUGUCUAUCAGGCAGCCAAAACUUAUGGCAAAAACAAAAUUAUGACCAAACUCCUGGACCGAAUGAAUUUCUAUGUUCUUCCUGUAUUCAAUGUUGAUGGAUAUAUUUGGUCAUGGACACAGAAUCGCAUGUGGAGAAAAAAUCGUUCCAAGAACCAAAACUCCAACUGCAUCGGCACUGACCUCAACAGGAACUUUAAUGCCUCAUGGAACUCUUUUCCGAACACCAAGGACCCAUGUGCAGAAACUUAUCGGGGCCCAGAACCAGAGUCCGAGAAAGAGACCAAAGCUGUCACUGACUUCAUUCGAAGCCACCUGAAAUCAAUCAAGGCCUAUAUCACCUUCCAUUCCUACUCCCAGAUGCUAUUGUUUCCCUAUGGAUAUACAUCAAAACUGCCACCUAACUACAAGGACCUGGCCAAAGUUGCAAAGAUCGGCACUGAUGUUCUAUCAACUCGGUAUGAAACCCGCUACAUCUAUGGCCCAAUAGCAUCAACUAUCUACCCGACAUCAGGUUCUUCUUUAGACUGGGCUUACAACCUGGGCAUCAAACACACAUUUGCCUUUGAGCUCCGAGAUAAAGGCAAAUUUUGUUUUCUCCUUCCAGAAUCUCAGAUAAAGCCGACCUGUAAAGAGACCUUGCUAGCUGUUAAAUUUAUUGCGAAGCAUAUCCUCAAGCAUACUUCCUAAAGAAUUGGCCUCAGUUUGGAAUAAGCCAAAUAAUGUUUCUUUAUGCCUUCUGCCAGAAAGUCAACCUUCAAUUAUACCUAGAUAUAGCUUCCACAUUACCUGAAUAGGUCCCUCUCUUGCUCACUUAAGUUCUAUGUUACUUCUUUUUGUUUUUAUUUACUCUCAAUAGCACCUUAACAAACAGCUUUAAGUGAAAGCUUUCAACAACCUUUCUUUGAUCCAAAUAAAGUUUGAAACCAUCAAAAAGUAUUAUUUUGAGUAUUUUGAAACAUGAUAUACAGCGGGAUAUACGUACAUCUGCGAAACAUGAUACACAGAAAUGAGAACCUUCAGUUUCUCCAGAAUCAGACUUUCCAUAUGGCUUCAUCAUUUCAUGUAUUAAUAUACUAAAAUUAAAUUAUAUUCCAAAAUGCAUCUUGUCUUUUGAUAAACUAUACUCUCUAUAUUUCUCUAUUAGCACUAAUAAUCA